AUGGGCAAAGGCACCGAUAAACUCUAUAUCACGCACUCCGAAUGGUCUUCGUCCGACGCCUACUCGGCCAGUGCCGGCGCCAAUGCCUCCUCACGCGCCGAAAACCACAGCGCGUCCUUCCGCCGCCUGCCCUACAACUUCUGCGCCGCCAGCCUGCAGCCGUUCAAGAACCCCGUCUGCACCCCCGAAGGCACAAUCUUCGACGUCGAGGUUAUCGGCGCCUGGCUCGACAAGCACCCCGACCAGAACCCGGUCAACGGACAGACGCUGCUGAAAAAUGACCUGAUCAAGCUCAACUUUGCCAAGAACUCAGAGUCCAGCUCCCUCGACGCAGGUUUCGGCGACGCCAAGGGCGACCUCAUUGAUCCAGUCACGUACAAGGUCUUCACCGACAACACCCACAUCGUCGCCAUCCGCCAUGGGACCUACGCCAACGUGUUUGCGUGGGAGACGGUCCAGCGAAUGAACAUCAAAGCAAAGUUGUGGCAGGAUCUGGUCGACGACGAGCCCUUUACGCGCGCCGACAUCAUCACCCUUCAGGAUCCCCAAAAUUCCGCGAGCCGCAACCUGGAUCAGUUCAAGUAUCUGCAGGAUAGACAGGAGGCGCAGUUGACCAGGGAACAGCAAGAAGCCCGCCAAGCCGGCAACAUCAAUGCCGCCGCUCUGGGGAGCAUGGGGAACAAAGUCCUCAAGGCGAAAGCCGCCGUGGACAAGGCGCGCAAGGCACGAGAGGCCGGGGCCGACGUCAACCACAGCGCGGGCGCCGUGGUCAAGCGAGCGGCCGCGGCAGCUCCACUGGCGCGGACACCCAUGAUACAGCAAAAGACGCUGGCACCCAACUCAGCAGCCUACACAACCGGCAAGGCCGCGGCGAGCUUUACCAGCACGGGCUUGACCCCGGAGACGAGCGGCGAGCGUGCGCUACUGACUGAUGAGGAGUUUAUGCUCAAGCCAAGGCGCGUCAAGACAAAGGGGUACGCCAAAAUGGAGACCAACCUGGGAGAUUUGACAAUCGAGCUGCAGACGGAAACGGCGCCAAAGGCAGUGUGGAACUUCAUCAGGCUGGCGCAAAAGGGAUACUACAAGGGCGUGGCGUUCCAUCGGAAUAUCCCCGGCUUCAUGAUCCAGGGGGGAGAUCCAUCGGGGACGGGCAAAGGUGGUUCGAGUAUAUGGGGCAAGAACUUUAACGACGAGUUCGAGGGGCCCCUGGCGCACAAUGCCCGCGGAAUCAUUUCCAUGGCCAACAAGGGCAAAAACACAAACUCGUCGCAGUUCUUCAUCACGUACACGGCUGCGUCGCAUCUCGACCGCAAGCACACCAUCUUCGGGCGCGUCACCUCGGGCCUCGACGUUCUCACCAAGCUGGAGGCGGUCCCCACGGACGGCUCCGAUCGCCCGCUCAACAAGAUCUUCAUCAAGGACCUGGUGGUGCUGAUUGAUCCGUUUGAGGAGUUCCUGGCGCAGCACCGCGAGCAACAGAGCCGAGAGGCGCGGCGCGAGGAGAUUGUCAGGCAAGGCGGCACCGAGGACGAUAAGUUGACGUGGACGGGAAAGAGGAUUCGAGGAGGUGGCGCGCAGACGAAGGGGGAGGCGAGGCAGGCCGUGGGGAAGUACCUGCAAGCUGCCGUGGGUCCUGACGGCAGUGGCGAUGCGGGCCAGGAUGUGGACACUUGGGAGGAGCCGGUCAAGAAGAAGUUCAAGGCCGGCGGGUUUGGCAACUUUGAUGGCUGGUAG